AUGGCGUAUGGCGCGCUGACGGGCGCGUCUCGUUCAGUCCGCGUCGGCUCUUCGCUCGGGUACAGCGUCGCAUGCGUGGCCGGGGAGGUGCAGCGGUCACUUGUUGCAGGAGGCGGCGCGGCACGUGUGCGCGGCGGCGCGGCCGCUCGCCACGGGCGCAGUGCCGCGGCGGCCGGCGUGGAGCGCACAGCGCCGCACGCGCCGGCAUGCCACGCUAGCGGGAGCAUGCGGCUGCCCCUGCUGCCGCUGCUCGUGCUGCCGCUCGUGCUUGCGCGCCCGGCAGCAGCCGGGAUCUGCUGGACGGGGAUGGAUCGCGGCGGGCGCUGCAGCUCGGUGGCAGCGCUGCGCGUGGGCCGGGCGGAGUGUUGCGCAGGCGCAUCGCGCGCGCCUGCCGCCUGGAGCCCCCGCGACCUCGACAGCGGCGAGAUAUUCUUUUAUAAGGCGCUCUCUGGAGGCGUGCCUUGUGUUGCAUGUGCUGAAUCAUGCGCAGGAGUGUCAUGUGGCAGCGGCCGACGCUGCGUGGUGCGAGGCGGGCGUGCGCGGUGCGUAUGUGCCGCAGCGUGUCGCCGGGUCGGCGCCGUGUGCGGCAGUGAUGGCCGGACGUACCCGUCGCUCUGCCGGCUUCGGAGACGAGCCUGCCGGAGGCCUGCCAAACACCUUGUGCUAGAUUAUCCUGGUCCUUGUCAAGAGGGCAGUUGUGAGGGUGUGAGAUGUGGUGGAGACAAGCGUUGCGUGUUGGACGCAGAACUCGGCGCUCACUGCGUUCGCUGCGGAGCGUGCGGCGUGGCCGGCUCGCCUGUCUGCGCGGUGGACGGUCGGACCUACGCCGGCGCUUGUGCGCUACGACGAGCUGCGUGUGAGCGGGGGAAAGCCCUGCCACUAGCUUAUAGAGGUCCUUGUUUAGCUAACGCGACGUGUGCGUCGAUAUCUUGCGGCGCGGGCCAGCGCUGCGUGUCGGGUGGCGCGAGCGGCGCGCGGUGCGUGUCGUGCGGGUCGUGCGGCGCGGCGGCGCGGCGCCAGCUGUGUGGCUCGGACCGCCGCACCUACCCGUCCUGGUGCCGCCUGCAGCGCGCCGCCUGCCACGCCGGCCGCGUCGUCGACCCACUUCAUACUGGGCCUUGCAAAGGCAACAAAAACAUAACGGACAAUAGUGUGAUUGAGAGAAGUGUGAGCGAAGUGGACACCACGCGCGUCCUAUAG